AUGGAGAACACAGAGGGGUGCCAGAAAGGGAUUAGGUAUGGGGGUUUCAAAAUUGGGGAAAGAAGUGGGACGGGGAAGGUACCUGAGCAGGAGAAUAAGGAGGAGGUGGAUAGUACUGCUAGGAGGGGAGAGAGUGAAGAUAUAAGGGAAGGUGUAAAAAUGAAUUGGGUAGAGGCUGUUAAAAAAGGAGGAUGGGAUAAGUAUCAAUGUGAUCAAGAAGAAACAGUUGGGGUGUCUAGAGCCACCAUGAAUACUCUGGAAAAAAGAACUACUCUAGUAGAUUUUGUAGAGGUGGAACGUAGAGCAAGGGAGGCAGCAUUAGCAGUGCCUUGGGAAAUGAGGUUAGGGGAUGAUGUAGAAAUGGUGAAAAUAACAAGGGAAGAGGAUAAUGGAAAUGAAGUAGGGGGGAAGAAAGGUCAAUGGAAAAAGAGGACCAGAAAGGGUCCAAGAAACAAGAGCAAAAGUAUGAAAGGGAAAGAAGCAGCCAUGGUUGAAAUAACGAGGAAAAGGAGGAGAGGUGGAAGUACAGAGGAAGAAGACAAGCUGCAGGAAACACAAAAGAGAAGAAAGGAGAACUUGUUGCAAGUAAAAUUAAAGCUUAAACAUUUCAUCUGGAAAGUAUUCAAAGGAUGGGUGCCUGUCAGUGCUGCUUUGAAGAAGAAGGGGAUGCCAGUGGAUGAGACCUAUUGGUGGACUAAAUUGAUGAGUAUAGAUCAAGGCAAAGAAUUGCAGGCCAGAGUUGAAGUGACAAUCUACAUAUUAUGGAAUCUGUGGAAAAACAAGAACAAGAGACUUUUUGAAGAUGAGGAGUUGGAAGCAAUGCAGGUGGUAUACAGGGCAAUGGGGGAGUGGGAAGAAGUCAACAGAGCACAACAUGGUGCAGGGAGAAGGCUACAGAUGGAAACUGCGGGACGAUGA